GGUGCCAUAAUGCGGCGACGCAGCUGAGCGGCCCCCGCGGGGAGGGGGAGGCAGAGUCGCUUAUAAAUGGCGCCCAAGCAAGACCCCAAGCCCAAAUUCCAAGAGGGUGAACGGGUGCUGUGUUUCCAUGGACCUCUUCUUUAUGAAGCAAAGUGUGUAAAGGUUGCCAUAAAGGACAAACAAGUGAAAUACUUCAUACAUUACAGUGGUUGGAAUAAAAACUGGGAUGAAUGGGUUCCAGAAAGCAGGGUCCUCAAAUACGUCGACACCAAUCUGCAGAAACAGAAAGAACUUCAAAAGGCCAAUCAGGAACAGUAUGCAGAAGGAAAGAUGAGAGGCGCUGCUCCAGGCAAGAAGACGUCCGGUCUCCAGCAGAAAAAUGUUGAAGUAUUUUUCAGACGAGAUGGAGCGCAUACAGUUUGCAGUUUGGAGACCCCUACAAUAUCGACGCGGAAGACCAAAAAGAACAAACAGAAAACUCCUGGAAUUGGAGAAGGCAGCAGCACCAAUGAAAACCCUCAGCCUCCCAGGAAGAAAAGGGCUCGAGUAGACCCUACUGUUGAAAGUGAAGAAACAUUUAUGAACAGGGUUGAAGUAAAGGUAAAAAUACCAGAAGAGCUGAAACCCUGGCUUGUGGAUGACUGGGACUUGAUCACCCGGCAAAAGCAGCUUUUCUAUCUUCCUGCCAAGAAGAAUGUUGACUCCAUUUUGGAGGACUACGCAAGCUACAAGAAAUCACGAGGAAACACUGAUAACAAGGAAUAUGCUGUUAACGAAGUUGUGGCAGGCAUCAAAGAGUACUUCAAUGUAAUGCUGGGCACUCAGCUGCUGUAUAAAUUCGAGAGGCCGCAGUACGCAGAAAUCCUAGCGGAUCAUCCUGAUGCGCCAAUGUCUCAGGUGUACGGCGCUCCCCACCUCCUACGGUUAUUCGUCCGGAUUGGAGCAAUGCUUGCUUACACGCCUCUUGAUGAGAAGAGUUUGGCCUUGCUGUUGAACUACUUGCACGACUUCCUAAAGUAUCUAGCAAAGAACUCUUCUGCGUUGUUCAGUGCAAGCGAUUAUGAGGUUGCACCUCCAGAAUAUCACCGGAAAGCUGUGUAAGCUUCUCGCUAACAGUGGGGUGUGUGGGGUGGUAUGUGAGUGUGUACAUUACUGGAAGGCAGCCUUGGGUCUCUGCAGCUGUCCCGCCCAGUUCCACGUUUGUCCACGAUCCUUUUCUCGCACAUGUUCCUCUCUGCACAGCUGACGUGAGUGUUGAGUGAAUAGUGUUUGUGUCUUCAGAUGGAACUGACACCACCCAAGUCCCAAGGGUUUUUCUUCAGUUCUGAAACAGAUCUCUCAAAGAGGAGAGUCUUCUGAAGUGCUUCGUUGAAUCCAUUGGUGUUGGAAUGUUGCUGGAAAUGUAACCGACACUUCAUAGCCUGAGCUCCUGCAUGCUUCUAGGUCCGUUUCUCUUGAAUCCAAGUGAUACCUGGCUGAAGGGGGCCGGGUCAAGUGUCGUCAUGCCUCUCCUCCAAAACAAACUCUUGCUGCCAACAGAGGGAGGGAGGACCAAACACAGAUGUUCACUUGCAACUUUGGGUUGGUGGGGGAGCGUCCAUAUGAUUUCUUGGUGUUGGGAGGGUAAAGUGUGUCCGUGUGUCUCAGUCCGUGUUCUUUGCCUGCAUAGUUGAAGAAUUGUGGAGUUGUUCUGUUGGUUUGAUGGCACCUUCUAACAUAGGACAAAUUGACCAUUGUUUCUCACAGGUUUUCUGAAACUUCGUUCUUUGGAGGGGAUGUUUACAGGUCCCCAAAUAAACUUUUCUAUUUCAGCUGUUAA